UGAUGAGCGAAGGGGGCGAGGGCCGGGAGUAGGAACCCCUGACGUUGUCGGUCCCCAUUGGUUCUCUCCCGCAGCACAUGUUCAGGGGCAUCUGGAUAAAGACGCCUCUGGCCCCCGUCUGCCUCCUACAUCGUCCUCCAGCCUCCACCUCCUGCGGGACACCUCCUAGCGAGCCGGCACGAUGAGCAUAGACGAUUUUGUAGGCAAGUGGAGCCUCAUCUCCAGCGAAGGCUUUGAGGAGUACAUGAAGGAAUUAGGUGUGGGUGUGGCCCUGAGGAAAAUGGGGAGCAUGGCCAAACCAGAUGUUUACAUCAGCAAGGAUGGAGAUACAAUCACCAUAAAAACAGAAAGCACCUUUAAAUCUUCACAGCUCAGCUUCAAGCUGGGUGAGAAAUGUGAGGAAAAUACAUUAGAUGGCAGGAAAGUUCAGACUCUUGUCACCUUAGAUGGUAACACAUUGACUCAGCUCCAGCAGUGGGAUGGCAAAGAGUCCACAAUAACACGGAAGAUAGAGGAUGGGAAACUGGUGGUGGAAUGUGACAUGAAUGGUUGCAAGUGUAAGAGAGUCUACCAGAAAGCAUGAGGACAUUGUCUCCAUACUGGAGCUUGCUACAAGCCAGCUCAGUUUAGCGAACAAAGCUCCUCUACUCUCCAGGUUUUUCCUUUUCCCUGUUUUGUAGUAUUUCAAUGGACUGCACAGCUGUGUGCAAUCAUAUUUCAAAGCGAUGAUGUAACUAUUCUGAACGGUUGUGGCUGUUAAAUAAAGUUUUCAGAUAUAUGAA